AUGGAAAACAAAUUAGUUACAGUGGAUCCUAAACAUGCAAAGAAGAGAAAUAGAAAUAAAUCCAAAGAAAAACAUGCUCUCAAGGUGAAAAAAAUGUUACUUACGAUGGAAUAUAUUAAUGGUUUGUUAAAAAGUUUUGAAGCUGAAGUUCCCGCUCAUCUCAAAUCACUUCUUAUAUACAACGGAUUUGAUAAUUUAUAUUCCCUUUCACAGUUUAAUAUUGAUGAAGACAUUGAGAGAAUGGAGUGUUAUGCAAGGGACGUCCUUUCAAAGGUAUUGAAAGGAGAAGAAAAAAAAGCAAUGUUUGGAAUUGUCAGCGAAGAAUGCUCUCUAUUUAAAAUUCCGGAAGGCCAUAAAAAGCUUUUGCGCUUUGUAAAGGAAGAAUCAGAAAAAAAAAUUAAACUGCUAAAACGUCCACUUCUUUGUGAAAGGUGUGAAGGCUGUCCAGCUGAAAAAACUUUCCCCAAAAAGAGAAGAACAGUGACAAAUAAAAGUACAUCUCGAUCUGAGAGUGGUAAUGAAGGCGAUGGUUUUUGUACUCCAAAUGAUGGUUGUGUUUCUCAAGAUGAAGAGCAAGUUAAUUAUGCGAUGCAGCAUGUUUUAAAUAUUAGUCGAAGCUAUAUCGAUAAAUUUUCACGAAAUGAAUUCGACAAAGGCAAAAUUAGUGAAGAACGAUUACAAGAUGUUUUAAAUAAUUCCAAAAACCUUAAAGUCAAAAUGGAUGGUGAAUUUACUGCAAAAAUAUCUUGCCCUUUAUGUACAUUUAUUUCUUCAGCCUAUUCAGUGAAGAACUCCAAAACCGGAAGAAAAUGGACAUCAUCUGGAUUGCACUUGGAAUUGACUACUGAAUUGAGUCAAAAUGAUUCGUUCAUUGACCAAAAUUACGAAAUUCAUGAUGAGGCACAGCAAAAUAAUCCUAAUGGGGUUUUUUUACACUAUAACACAGACCUCGACACAGACUCUCCAACAGAUAAUCAAUCGUCGAGUCAACUAAGAACAAUUGUUGUUAAUGAUUUUUCUACUGAGGAACAUCAAGGAGCCAGCCAAGUUGUAAAUGAUAUCCCAGUAUCUGAAUUAGAGUAUAAUCGAGACAAUUCAUCUCCAUUGGAAGAUUUUUUCUUUCUUGACAAUGUAGCGGAAAUCAAUCAAAGCAAUAAUGGUUCUGAAAAAGUAAAGUCUCCCAAAGCUAAAUCUUUAUUUGAUGAUAGCAAUUCCAGAAGAGAAAGAAGCUUGCGCAUAUUAAAUGAGUUACCAUAUCAUCAAACACAAAUAACAACUUUUCUAAAUACCAUAAAUCAUGCCAUAGACACUAACCCAGAAGUUACAAACACCCUAAGUAUCCUUACCGAAAAUCAAGGCAUUAAUAAAUUUAAUUAUGGCACCAAAGGCCUACUAAAAUAUCUAUUAGACUCAGCAAUAAGAAACUCUAAAAAUAAAUCAGGACACACAAAUAAAUUUGAUGAUGGAAUGAAACGAUUCUGGCUUUAUAUAUUCAUUAGCGCAGGAAGGAUGAGUUAUGAAAUAUUGCACUCAAAUUUAAAAAAUAUACUGCCUUCUGUCACAACUAUUCACAGACAACUAGAAGAAAUGAAUAAUAUAUUAGAGGGUGAAGUGAGAAUUGAAGACUUAAAACUUUAUUUACAAAAGAGAAAUUAUCCACCCAUAAUUUUUAUAUCCGAAGAUCAAACUGCACUCAUCAAAAAAGUCCAAUAUGAUUCAGCUUCAAAUCAAAUGGUUGGCUUUGUAGCACCUUUACAGGAACAGACGAGAUUUCCUCGCAUUAACAAAUUCCCAGUUGAUUCAGUUAGCGACAUUGAAAAUGCUUUUAAGAAUAAAACAUUAGCAAUAAAUGCAUAUAUUUUUAUGGCUCAGCCAUUAGUAGAUGGAUCACCCGCAUUUUGUAUAUCAAUAUUUGGCAGUGAUAAUAGAUUUACCUCAGAAGAUGUUUAUAAACGAUGGCAAUAUCUCAUAAAGGAAGCAGGAAAACAUGGAAUUACAAUUUUGGGCUUUUCAAGCGAUGGUGACACUCGGUGCUUAAAAAGUAUGAAAAUUAUAUCGAAAUUGUCAUUUACUUCAUUGAACCCUUACUCUCCCUAUUUUCAGGCGAAUUACAAUUUAGAAAAUCCAGCAGUUUUUCAAGACACUAUACAUAUAUCAACGAAGCUUAAGACUCGUUUAUUAAAUGAAAAUAUUUCUAUGAAUAUGGGAGGAAAACGAGUAUCUAUUGACAAUAUCCGGUACAUAAUUGAAAACUAUCCUAGAGAUAAACACUUAUUAUGCAAGAGCUUCCUUGAAUCUUCCGACAAAAUGAACUUCAAUGCAAUAGACAAGUUAAGUUCUGAACAUGUCACAAAUAUGCUUAAGGAAGUUCCCAACGCCGAAGCUACAAGGCAAUAUUUAAUACUGACUCGCAACAUAUUGGAUGCAUUCUUGUUAAAAGAAAUUAGUGUUGAAAGACGAGUAUACCUAAUUUGGUAUUCAACUUUUUUCAUGCGUAUUUGGAAAGCCUGGCUAAAAAAAAAUGGUGAAAAUAUCCAAAAGAAUUUUAUCACCACAAAUGCCUAUACAUGCAUAGAAAUAAACGCUCAUGGAAUUAUUUUAGUCAUUGAAAAACUUCGGCAAAAUGGAAUUUCAGAAGCUUUUCUUCCAUGGCUGUAUAGCAGUCAGCCAUGUGAAAAAGUAUUUAGAGAAACUCGGUCCAUGAGUAGCACAUUUUCAACUAUGAUAAAUUAUACACUGCUGGAUGUUUUAAGAAGAUUAAAACGUAUACAAGCUAUGCACGAGAUAAGCACAGACUUAGGUCCCAAUUUUAGAUUCCCCAGGCAAGAAAACAAACGACUUGGAAAUAAUUCAAGUGUCUUUAAAGUAACUGAGUUUCCAUCAACUGAUGAAAUGAUUAACAUAAUUAAAAAGGCCCAAGAAGACGCACUAUCUGACGCUAAAAAAAUUGGGAUGGAAAUGAACAGGGAUUGUUGUAUAGAAAUUAAUUUACCGACUUGUGACAAUCCGGAAGAGCAAGAAGAGGUGCAGGGAAGUAUAAUUAUCACUGAUACCAUUUCAAAGGAACAUGAGCCAGACCUCGAGCCAGACUUUUCUAAUGAAGACCGGGAGUUUCUUGAAUAUACCUCUACAUUUAAUAAUUAUGACUCUUUACAUUUGAGAGACUAUACGGGUCAAAAGAAAGCACAAAAAUCGUGUCUGUCAGUGACACUUAAAGACAAAAAAACACGAAUUAUAAAAAAAUCUACUCUAAUUUGGUUUUUUCAGGAAAAACAGGGUCGUUUAUCAACCGACAGACUGCUCCGGGUAAAGGGAAUGACAGUUAAAAAUACGCAUAAGGGGUUAUCAAAAAAAAAACAGUUCAGGAAAAAGCCAGGCCAAGGACUUCAACCAGCAGGCAAUAUCAAAAAAAGAAAAAUGUUUCGUCAACCUCAUGAACGAGCUCAUAAAGAUAGUACAUCUGAAUCUCGAUCUGAAUCAGAUGAGAUUAGCUUAGAAAGUGAAACUUUGAGUGAAGAUUUCUCUGACUUAGAAGAUUGCCAUAACGAAAGUACAAAAAUGCCAGUAAUUCAGCUAGAAUCUUAUUAUGCUGUGUUUUAUGAUACACAAUGGUAUCUAGGGCGUGUCAUCAACAGCUACAGCUCAGAAAAGUUUAAAGUGAAAUUUUUACAACAAGACCUGGAUACUUUUAAGUGGCCCAAAAAAGAUGAUAUCCAAGAUGUUCACAAAGAGUUUAUAUUUUAUGGACCAAUAUUUUGCUCUGGGCCUACCGAUGAAACCACGAUGCGGACCCAAUUCAGCUAA